AUGUCUUCAAUUCUGCAACUACUCACGGUGGCCCUACUACUUUACGCCGGGUGUUCCGAUGCCGCAUCACACUGCGGUGACUGUGGCAACACAUCAGUUCCUUACCCACUAAGCACCGGAACCAAUUGCGGUGACCAAUCUUACAAGAUCCGAUGCACCGCCGGCUCACUCUGGUUUGAUACCCUUAACUCCACCUAUCCCAUCGAAUCCAUUAAUCCGUCUACCCAACGGUUCGUGAUACGCCCAGCCAGCUUCGCCGGAAAUACCUGUAUCACCACGGAUUUCAACAGCCAUGGGAUUCAGCUCAACAGUAGCCUCCCCUUCAACGUUACCAGCAGCAACACCAUAUUCUACCUCAACUGCUCCAAUGCUUUGCUGGGAUCACCUCUUAAUUGCUCGUCGACUAGCCUCUGUCACACCUACAUAAACGCGACAUCGGAAGCGGCGGCGUGUGAACAAGCUCGCCUCUGCUGCUCAUUCAGGGCGGGUGGUUCCACCACUUCCUAUUCCAUUAGGGUUCGGAACGAGGGGUGCAUGGCGUAUCGGAGUUUUGUGAAUUUAGACUAUUCGUUGCCGGUGAGUAUGUGGCCGGCGCCGGGGGUGGAGAUACAGUGGGUGUCGCCGUCGGAGCCCGUCUGUCAGUCUCAAGCAGAUUGCGACGAAGGUUCCAAUUCCACAUGCCAACCCGACCCAUCGAGUGCCGGACUGAAGAGAUGUUUCUGCGUCACCGGGCUGUCGUGGGACCCCAUCAGUGGAUCUUGCGUUAACAAUGCGACAUGUCAGACUUCAGGAGGUUGCAAUGGUUCCACAAACCAUACCCCACUAAUUGCAGGUCUAACGACGGGAUUAGGAGCAACGUUUCUUGCGGUGGCGGUGGGUACUCUGGUCUACCAGCGACGCAGGCGCAUCAAAGAGGCUCAGGAGCGGCUGGCCAGAGAGCGUGAAGAGAUCCUAAACGCUAACAACGGCGGCAAGUCGGCCAAGAUCUUCACGGGCAAAGAGAUGAAGAGGGCAACCAAUAACUUUUCCGACGAACGACUGCUGGGCUCCGGUGGCUACGGCGAAGUCUACAAGGGUAUCCUAAAAGACGACACCAUCAUCGCCGUCAAGUGCGCCAAGCUCGGGAACACCAAAGGCGUCGAUCAGGUCCUCAAUGAGGUGAGAAUCCUGUGCCAGGUGAAUCAUCGCAGCCUCGUACGCCUCCUUGGCUGCUGCGUUGAGCUUGAGCAACCUCUCAUGGUGUACGAAUACAUCUCGAACGGCACCCUGUACGAUCACCUACACGGGCUUCACCCCGGCAUCCGGUCUGAGCUAACAUGGCUGCGCCGUCUAAGCAUUGCCCUUCAGACGGCAGAGGGGCUUGCUUACCUCCACUCCUCCGCUGUUCCUCCUAUAUACCACCGUGAUGUGAAGUCCAGCAACAUACUGCUAGACGAGAAGAUGAACGCCAAAGUCUCAGAUUUUGGGCUUUCCCGGCUUGCAGAGACUGAUCUUAGCCAUGUAUCCACCUGUGCUCAGGGUACCUUGGGCUAUCUUGACCCGGAAUACUACAGGAACUACCAGCUGACAGACAAGAGCGACGUCUACAGCUUCGGAGUUGUCUUGUUGGAGUUGCUGACGUCGCAGAAAGCCAUAGACUUCAACAGGGGACCAGACGAUGUGAACUUGGCAGUCUAUGUCCAGCGGAAAGUGGAAGAAGAGAAGUUAAUGGAAACCAUCGAUCCAAUGCUCAUGGAGGAAGCCAGCGACAGGGAUCUGGAGACUAUUAAGGCAAUGGGAUUUCUGGCGUUGGGUUGCUUGGAGGAGCGGAGACAGAACCGGCCUUCCAUGAAAGAAGUUGUGGAAGAGAUAGAUUACAUUAUGAGUAUCGCAGCAGCGAAAGCUGCGGAGGUUUAG